ACCACAGACCACAUCGAUCUGAUUGGUCUAUAAGUGACCAAUAAGCUUUCUUUGUAUUCAAGGAUCAAUCAAACGUAACCAAGAAAGUGACCCUUGCGAUUAGUCACUCUUGACAUAGGAUAGCUGUACUGUACGUUUAUCAUGAACAGAGCAUGGACUAUGUUCAAGUCUCAUCCAUACAUCUCCAAUGUGGUGGGAUACACAGCACUGUUUGCCACAGCAGACCUCAUUCAGCAAAGCAUGAUGGGAAAAACAUUGAUAAAAGACACAGUGAAGCAAGAUCUCGAUCACUUAGAUAAAGAAAUAUUAGCAGUACAACACGAUCCACAACCUCACUGCAUUGACUGGUCCCAGACUGCUCGGGUGGCGCUGGUUGGGUUCUGUUUCCAUGCCAACUUCAAUUACCAUUGGUUACGAGCAUUAGAAAAGAUGUUUCCAGGGGGCGGGACCAAAAGAAUAUCCAUUAAAGUGUUUCUGGACCAACUAAUUGCAGCACCUACAACUAUAAGUGCUUUCUACAUUGGUUUGAGCACAUUAGAAGGUGCAGAAGAUCCAUUUAAAGACUGGAGAAAUAAAUUUUGGACCUCUUAUAAGACUGGAGUGGUGUACUGGUCAACAAUGCAGGCUGUGAAUUUCUCUCUGGUCCCACCAGUGGCUCGUACUGUCUAUGUUGGAGGAGUCGCUCUUGUCUGGACCGUGUUUCUCUGUCAUAUUAAGCAGCAGAAGACUGACUCUCUGAGCUAGUCUUUAUUCAGAUUUCUCAAUUAGAGAGUACAGACCACAUAUUGUUAGAGAAAAAAAUUUAGCGUUUCAUUUCUUGGGCAGCUAUCUGUAAGGAGCAGGCAGGUUUAUAUUAAACUUUUUACCAGUAUCAAUGUCAUAUUUCUGCAUGUUUUCUUUAGCAAAGCCCUUUUAUCCAUGGAUUUGGUUAGAGAGACCUAAUGGGCUAAAAUGUAUUAUGCAUGUUUAUUAAAGUGUAAACUAUACACAAACUAUUCAAACAUCAGUUUGGCACAAUCUCAGGAAACAUGAGAUCUCCAAAGGUUGUUGUAAUACACUUAAUUAUAUCUCCAUCAAGUGAAGAUAAUGUAUUUAUAAAUUAAUAUAAAUAAAUGUAUGCAUUAAUUAUGCUGUAUAAGAGGCCUACAGGAGAGCUAUUUAUAAAGCAGAAUACAGAAAAAGGUAAAAAAGCUGUCACUUGGACCCUUUGAAAAGGUAUAUUGUACAUUUUAGGUAUCUAUACCUUUGUGCAUAUUUAUUUUGUACUAAUAUGCACCCUUUGGGUACAUAGAUGUUAUUUAAAAGAGUAGUAACAGCUUUUAUACCUUUAUUUCAAAAAGGGUAACAUUUUCCUUUGCAACGUUAUUAUUAUUAUUUUUUUUUUUGACAAUGAAUUUUUGAUGU